AUGCCUGUCACGUUCGGUUCGGUCGGAGACAUCAUAGCGGUCUGUAUCCUGGUCAAGGACUGUGUCGACGCGCUUAGUGAGACCCGAGGCUCUGCCGCAGAGUAUCAGGCUGUCGUUCGAGAACUUUACAUACUGGAAAAGGCUUUAUUGGAAGUCGGCAUCCUAUCGAGAACACAUGCCGUCACACCGGAACUCAAUAACCUAUUUUCAAGCAUUACAACUGCUAUCGACCAGUGUCGAAAAUCGCUUGAAGCUUUCAAAGCAAAAAUCAAGCCAUAUGACCAUGAUCUUGGAGAUGGAUCCGGUGGAGGUAAAGCGCAUAAAAUACUUGCGGGAACCGCCCGCAAAUUUCUUUGGCAGGUACGAAUGAAGGACGAUGUCUCAAGAUUCAGAGCCGAAGUCGUGGCUUACUCGAUGUCAAUCGACCAGCUUCUGGCCGCAGCAACCAUGCACACAGUAAAGGCGGAAUCGGACAAAGUUACACGCUUACUUACCCAACAAGAUAACGCACUGAAAAGCCUGCAAGGGCGACUGAGCGAAGUGAACCGACGCGUAACAGCCGGCAAUAACCUUCUGUUGAAGUUGGCCAAAGCAGCACGGGCGGAAUGGUUGAUGCAACUCGGGCAAGACUUGAAAACUCUCAUGCUCAAGAUCAUGGCAGUAAACUUGGUUACUUACGCUGCAGUUGACAAAGUACAGAAGUCCAUUCUGAGCAUCGAGCAGAACAUGCCUGCGUUGACGCGGUCAAUAACGACUGAGCGCAUAUUUUACCUUGAGGAUGCUAUCGGGCGUGUGAGCACGAUCACGCUGGACUUCAUCACGUCCUGGGAUGCACUUCUAGCUGUACUAGAAGUACGCUUCCAAGGCAAGCCUGGGAUGAAGAAAGUGCUCAAGAAGGAGUAUGCCAUACAGAAUCGUGCCACGAAGAAAGACGUCGAUGUUUCACAGAACUGGGAGAGCACAUUCCUACCCGGAUUAUGGUUUGAUAUGGAUAUGAUCUUUCAGGAAGUGCAAGAGGAAGGCUCGAAUGACUCCACAGGGGACACCUGUCCUCGAUGUCAAACAAGGUCAAAUCAACCUCCGGGGCUCCAAAUCAGAUGCUCUAUAUGCAAGCAAGUGUACCAGAGAGUCGUUGAGAUCAACACCGAUGCCGACACCUCAGCUCCUGCCACGACUCAUACCAUUGCCCCAGACGCGCCUGACUCUUUCGCUGUGGUCCCACCUCUUAAAGAGCGCCCUGUGAUACAUCCCGUGCCCCCAUCACGGCCGGCCAAACGUAAAAGAGACGAAGACCCCGACGAAGAGCCAGCGAACUUCAAUCGGGUGAGAAUCAAGGCCAAGAGACGGCGUCUGGAUAAGAGUCAAUCAGAUACACCUUCAUCUGCUGAAAAACGAAAGUCAGACGAUGCCAUGGACAUCGACAAACCGAACGAUUCGCCAAAGCGCCACAAGUCUAACGCAAACGAGGGCUCGAUCGAUGAACACAGUCACUCAGCAAAGUUGUAUCAUCAGAAGAACCGAGAAGAAGGAAAUCUUGAACCUUAUACGUCUUCAACACCCGACCUGGAAUUCAAUAAAGCAUUUGGGAACAAGAACCCUGGCCUGUUCUCUAGCCCUCCAGACGAUACUUCCCCAUCUAAAAAAUCGCUGCAGAAGGAAGGCGAAGAACACAGACCACCACUUGGACGUGCUUCCCAUGACGCACAAUACAAAUCACCUCCUCAAUAUGAUCCCAUAAUCCAUACCGAUCCAAAAUCAAAUCCCCAACGGAGAGCGAGCGACCGAGAACCAGCAAAACUUCAAAGAAAACAAAGCAAGCCCUCGUCAUACAAAACGCCUCGUGCUACGGAGGAGGACGCACGUCGAGCUGGAAUCCCUGUAGGGUACUCUAUCAAGAACUGGGAUCCUACCGAAGUGCCCAUAAUGGUCCUUGGCAGCGUGUUCGAUGCCAAUUCUUUGGGUAAAUGGAUUUACGAUUGGACAGUAUACCAUCACGGUCCUAGGACGCCUCUAUCAGAAAUGGCGGGUGAACUCUGGCUUCUAUUGAUUCGCCUUGCUGGCAAGAUAAAACGUUCUGAGGCGAUUAUACCAAAAAUACGAAGUAAAGAGAAUUGUGAAAUGGUCGAAGACUUUCUAGAGUCUGGUGAACGAUUAUGGAUACGUUUUGCGAAGCUGCUCAAAGUGUGUGAGGAUUACAUGUGGAAAGCGGCCAAGAAAGAAAGUGGCGGGAAGCCGGCGUCGUUGGGCAAUAACUCUGGUGUGGAGUUUGUGGAGUCAAUGUUCGGCAAAGAUCGAGAGCUCAACAAGACCGAGAAGUUGAUGACGGGGAUGCGACUCUGGAGCAUGCGUUUCGACGCUAAUUGCGAGGAAAUUCUGAAGUAUCCAGCUUCGUGA